UCAUAAAUUGUUGUAUUGAAAGGGAUAAAGGGUCAUUGUUUUUGUAAGCUUCCUGGAAUCUUCAAUCCCAGUUAACCAAAGUCCAGUCAAGACCAUUUAUCACGACACCCUUCAAUGGGUUCUUUCAUAAAUUGAAGAAGAAGAAGAAGAAGAAGGAAUCAACUUUUCAGAAUCUAACAAGAAAAAUAAGAAAUGGGUAGUGUUACGCUUCUAGAGAAUAUAGGGAUCAGAGAAGAAGUGAUCAAGAAAGUAAGCUCAAUCGCCCAGAAAGCCCACAAAUAUACAGGAAAGCAAUUGUAUGUUUCUCAAAAAAUUCCCGGUUCAUCUGAACUUGUUUUUAGCUUCCCUGGAUCUUGGUCUAUAAGUGAUUGGUUUAAAGGAAGUUCCUUUGGAGAAAUAAAGGUGGAUGUUGAACUGUUACCUUCUCUGAAAUCUAUAGGUCUUGCUGAUACUGCUACUGUCAAUGAAGCCUUUCUCCAUAGAUUCAAGUUAGUUUUGGCUAAUCCACAGUUUAGAAAGGAGGUAGGAACAGCUGCAGCAGAAGGGAAGCAAGUAGUGUUUACAGGACACUCUUUAGGGGGGCCUAUUGCUAUACUUGCAACUAUUUGGUUCUUGGAACAGUAUAUAAGACCUAACCUCUCCAAAACGGCACCAUUUUGUGUGACUUUUGGAUCUCCCCUUGUGGGGGAUCGCAUUAUGGGUCAUGCAGUUAGGCGAGAAAACUGGUCUAGAUAUUUCAUAAAUUUUGUCAUGAAAUAUGACAUUGUUCCAAGAAUAUCACUUACCCCUCUAUCAUCCCUUCAGUACCACCUGCAGCAAAUUCUCAAUUUCUUUAACCCAAAAUCCUCUCUUUACAUGAAAAGACCUUUAAGCGAAGCUUCAGAUUUCUAUAUAACUGUGAUGAGGAAUGCAGCUUCUAUUGCUAGCCACGCUGCCUGUAAGAUUAUGGGGAGCACAAAUCUGUUGUUGGAAACUCUAUCAAAUUUUAUUGAGCUGAGUCCUUACAGACCUUUUGGAACUUACAUCUUUUGCACAGGAAAUGGGAAACUUGUUGUUGUAAGGAAUCCAGAUGCUAUUUUACAGCUACUUUUCUAUACCUCUCAGCUAAACUCUCGAACAGAAUUGCAAGUAGUUGCUCACAGCAGCCUAAAUGAUCAUUUGAACUACAAAGAUGAAAUGCAAGAAUGCUUAGCAAUGCAAAGUGUAACCUGUUUCGAUGAUCAUCACCUGGAAGCACUUCGAUUAUCUUCAGAUGAUGUAAAUUCGGAGGCUAGCGUGGCCUUGAAUGACUUAGGUUUGAGUGCAAGAGCUAGAUUGUGUCUGCGUGCUGCUGGAGAAUUGGAGAUGCAGAAAAGGAAUAACCAGACAGCAAUUGAUAACAAAAUGAAAGAUAUUAAGAAAGGAAUAGAAAUGUUACAAUCUUACAAAGCAAGAUAUCAACAAAAAGCAGGCUAUUAUGAUGCCUUCAAGAUUUCAGAGAACGUAGCAGACUUUGAUGCAAAUGUUAAGAGGCUUGAGCUUGCAGGUAUAUGGGAUGAGAUCAUCGAAAUGCUGAAACGGUCUGAACUUCCUGAUGAAUUUGAGGGCGGAAAAGAAUGGAUCAAUAUUGGAACCAAAUACCGCCGCCUUGUUGAACCUUUAGAUAUUGCUAAUUACUACAGACACCUGAAGAAUGAAGACACAGGACCUUAUAUGGAAAAGGGGAGACCUAGAAGGUACAAAUGCACCCAGAGAUGGCUCGAGCAUGCUGAGAGGAUGUCAAAUGAAUCGUUGGAAUCAUGUUUUUGGGCAGAGGUAGAGGAGCUCUGCAUUAAAGCUGGUAGCCCAGGCAUCAAAGACAGCGUUUUGCUGCUAAAGAGAAAAGCUGAAGAAUGGAUUCGAGAAAGGGAUUUAGAUAAAGAUGUGUUCUUGGAAGGUUCAACCUUUGACAAGUUGUUGAAAGAAAUAGAUCAGAAUGUUUCAUUCAAGAGCCCAUGGAGUUCAACAUAGUAAGGACUUCCUGCCAUGUAAUAAUAAAGUUGAUGUUGUGCAAUAAGCUUAAACUUUUGUGCUUAUGGAUAAAAGUUGUAACUAGAGGAUGUACAAUAAAAUUUUCUGAAGUUUUUAAGAUAAAAACAUCAAGUUUAUCUUCUU